AUGAUGGUAAACUCUACACAUGUGUCUUAUUUCACACUUGUUGCCUACUUUUACACUGGGAUUUUCAGAUAUUUAUUUUUCACAGUUGUCAUGUUGUUAUAUAUUUUAAUCCUUUGCUCCAAUCUCCUGCUCAUUGUGGUUAUCUGCAUGAACAGAAGCUUACAUGAACCUAUGUACAUUUUCCUGUGCAGCCUGUUUGUAAAUGAACUGUAUGGUAGUACAGGGUUGUUUCCAUUCCUGCUGGUUCAGAUCCUCUCUGACGUUCACACUGUUUCUGCUUCACUUUGCUUCCUGCAGAUCUUCUGUGUGUACACAUAUGCCAAUGUACAGCUUGUAAAUUUAGCUGUCAUGUCUUAUGACAGAUAUCUUGCUGUAUGCUUUCCUUUGCAAUAUAACACACGUAUGACAAAUAACAAAGUUGCCAUUCUUACUGCUCUAACAUGGUUGAACCCAUUUAUUGAAGUUGCUGUCAUGAUAUCACUGAGUGCCCCUUUACAGCUGUGUGGGAACAUCAUUAACAAAGUGUACUGUGACAACUACUCCAUUGUAAAACUGGCCUGCUCUGACACCACAGCUAAUAACAUCUAUGGGAUAGUUUACACUGUGAUAAUAAUGGGUAGUGUCAUAACCUUAAUAUUUUACACGUACCUGAAGAUUCUUAAAGUGUGUUUUUCAGGUUCUAAACAGACCAGACAGAAAGCUGUGAGUACCUGCACACCUCACCUGGCUUCUCUCAUCAACUUUUGCUGUGGUUGUUGCUUUGAAAUUAUACAGAGCAGAUUUAAUAUGAGCACUACACCCAACAUGUUGCGCAUUUUUUUGUCAUUAUACUUCCUCACUUGCCAGCCGCUCUUUAAUCCUGUGCUGUAUGGACUGAUGAUGUCUAAAAUACGUAGCAUAUGCAAACAUCUUGUGUUUGGUAAAAUGUAAACUACUGUCCUGUAAUAUAUGUAUAUUUUUUAGUAUCUAUAUAAAAUACAUCUUGACAGUUUUCAACAUAUUUGUGUUGUUAUUUACUUCAGAAGCCCAUUUGUUCCCACUGCAAUCAGACCGUUAAGCAGCAGGGGAGACCACAGAGCGACAACAUCACUACGAGGCUGUCAAGGCCCCACCCACAGCUCAGUUUCACU